CUCAACUGCUCCCAGCUCACAUGCGUUGACGUUUAGCUGUUUAGGAAGCAGUACUAAUUACUUCAUUCAUUACACUUUUAAUACGAUAAACCCCCCCAAAACACAACCGAAUCUGCACAGAUGGAACAAGAGGGAGAGAGAGAUUGGAAUUUCGGGUAGCGCUCUUGUACGUACUAAACCCCAUUGUGGAGGAGGAGAAGUUUAAGUAGAACGACGAAGAAGAUUUGAAAUUAACACUGGUCUCAUCGGCAAUCCUCCUCUUAGUUGUUCCAUUCAAACACAGAAAGAGUUUGGAUUUGUUGGGCAUUGAGAUUGGGUUCAUGAUUCUUGCUUGUACUUUGAGUAUCUAGGGGACUUCGAUUUUCAUGGUUAUAAUUUCUGGAUAUGGAAAUCAAGGUGCCUGUUGACUUUCUGGAUGCGAUUUUGAAAACCCCCAUGACUUUACACCAUGUGUGACUCAGCAGUGCUGCAUUCUGCCUUGAGCUGGAGUGAUUCUCUUUCCCAAUGCACACAUCUGGGGUGAGCUAUUGUGAUUCGGAAAUCCAAUUAGAUGAAAUUCAAGAUAAUAAGUCCUCCUUGGUGGUGAGCAAAUAUAAUGGAAACUCUUUUUGUGAAUCGUCCUAUAAAAGCAGCAGUGCGAGUACUUACAAAAUGCAACUUGAACAAGAUGUACAAAGAUUGAAGCAACAGCUGCAAGAAGAAGUGGAAAUGCAUGCCAUUCUGGAAAAUGCUUUGGAGCAGAAUGCUAUAAAAUCAUUGGGUCCAUCAUGCCUAACUCAUCAUGCUCAAGAGCUUUUGUCCAAUAUUGAAAUGUUGGAGUCCAGUGUGUCAAAGCUUGAAGAGGAGUUGAUCUCAUUGCAUUUCCAACUUAGUCAGGAAAGAAAUGAACGGAGACUUGCAGAAUAUCACUGGAGACGUUCAAAAUGCCAGUCACUGGGCAGUUGCCCUGACAUUACGAAGGCACCGGAAGCAGUUGAGACGGCUGUGUUUCUUCAAGAGAAAAAAGUAUUAGUGAAGUUGGAUGCCAGCUAUUGUAAACCUGUACAUUCUGGACGGUUUACGAGAGAGGUGCAACCUAGAGGUCUCUGGGAUCACCCUUGUAAACUAUCAGAAGAGAUGGUCCGCUGCAUGAAAAAUAUCUUCAUCUCUUUGGCGGAUUCUACUAUACCAUCCAAAUCAUCUACAUCGGGGAGCCACAGUUCAUCCUUGUCUCCGCGUGGACAUCUUUCCAAUAUGUCUACAGGGUCAAUAUCUGAGCGCUCAACGAUUUCAUCAUGUGUGCAGAGUCCACAAAUUGAUUUACAGUGUGAUACUGAGGUGUUAGCUGCAGAGGACACUGUUGAUCCCUAUAGAGUACGUGGUAAAUUAAGUUGGACAGAUAUUGGAAGCUAUGGAUCAGCAACUGAGGUUUCUUGGAUGUCAGUUGGGAAGAAGCAACUAGAAUACGCUGCAGGGGCACUACGUAAGUUCAGAACACUUGUUGAGCAACUGGCCCAAGUAAAUCCUAAUCACCUGAGCAGCAGUGAGAAGCUGGCUUUUUGGAUCAACUUAUAUAAUGCACUGAUAAUGCAUGCUUACUUGGCAUAUGGAGUCCCAAAAAGUGACUUGAAGCUGUUUUCUUUGAUGCAAAAGGCAGCAUACACAGUUGGAGGGCAUUCUUUCAGUGCCGCUGUUAUUGAAUACGUAAUUUUGAAGAUGAAACCACCAGUCCAUAGACCACAAAUCGCUCUGCUUUUGGCACUGCACAAGCUAAAGGUGUCUGAUGAGCAAAAAGAUCUUGCUGUCAAUUCCUUUGAACCGCUUGUAGUUUGCGCUCUAAGCUGUGGAAUGUACUCGUCACCUGCGAUAAGGAUUUAUACAGCUAAGAAUGUGAAGGACGAGCUCCAGGAAGCUCAGCAUGAUUUUAUUCGAGCUUCAGUAGGGGUUAGCAGCAAAGGGAAGCUUUUGGUACCAAAAAUGAUACACAGCUUUGCCAAAGGAUUUGUAGAUGAUGAAAAGUUGGCUGUAUGGAUAUCACAUUACCUUCCAUCCCAACAAGCUGCCUUUGUUGAAAAAUGCAUGUCGAAGAGGCGGCAAAGCAUCCUCAGUUCCCGCAAUUGUGGCAUUGUUCCCUUUGAUUCUCGAUUCCGAUACCUGUUUCUGCCUGAAAAAAGUUUACCUUGUUAAUGCCUGGAGUUUGGCUGGGCAACAUGUUUCAAUUAUCGCAAGGUCAAGCCACGUCGAAUGCAAUAUGGGUUCAACGAUUUCAUGUCAUCGUAUUUAGCUCCAGAAUGAUGAGGGUCGAGGUGGUUUUGGUCUUGUGCUAGUUCUGGAGAGAUUAUGUAUCUGUUGUAUGCUGUACAUUAUUGUUCUAGAGUGAAGCCCCACAAUGGCGGGAGUCUCGUGAAGGGUAGGCCCUUUAGUGAAGAUUAAACACAAUGUUUUUGGACAACCUGAAGAUCAAUACAUCAAGAUCAUGAAAACUGUCUGUUUUCACUAGUGUCGUGAUUUGUAUUGGAUAAACCUUGGGAUAGACGUUGGACUUGGAUUUGUUCUCGGAAUCCUUGGCUUUGAAUGAGUACUCUAAUGAGUAGCAUCUUUUGCAUUGAAGUUUGUAAGGGUUUGAAUGAACCAAAUCUGAGCGGAAUACAAUCUUGUUUGAAUUCGACUCGUAGUUACA